CAGGUUGGUGACAGAAGGUGCCGGGGCUGAAGGUCGCGGCUGUUUCAAGCAAGGAUUUUCCCAGUCCAGGCCUCAGAACUUCACUGUAAGCUCCCUAAAUCACUGUAAAGACAGGGCAGAAUUUGCGUCUGCUCUGAACUGGAUACCCUGUUGGUAGAACUGCCAGGCUAAGAGAGUAAACCAGUCGUACGACAAUAGGUCCAGAAAGAAACAAGUUCUGCAGACAACUGAACAUUGGCAAAAGUUAAAAACAAGACUGGCUGUUUAGAUUAUAACUGGAUUUAAAAGAGAAUGGCAGUUACAAUAAUAUAUCCACCCCACAGCAUUUGGAAGUUGUGAAUAAGCUAAGAAGAUCAGACGUGAAGUUCAUUGUAUGACUAAUCUGAACAUCUCACACAAGCCAAGAGACCUGAUGGAAUUUAUAAAGGUUCCUCGUUGUCUGCUUUGGUGUUAUUAAACAAUCCAACUUGUUGCCAUGGAGACAGAAGAACUAGAAGAGGUGGAAAGACACAGUAGGAAAUCAGUCCAUGGUCAUUGGAAGGAUAGUUCUUCGCAGGCAGUAUCAUGCGUGGACUUGAUCUGCGAUGAUGAGUCAGAGGCUUCUGACCAUGUGACUGAGAAGGAAUCACAGACGCACUACAUUCCGAUUCGAAGAAAUUCCAGGUACUACCGCUCCUUCAGACUUCGGAACAGAGGGAAAGCAAGGAGCAGCAGAGAGGUUCAAACUGAAAGUGUUGAAGCCUCACUAAAAAAUGGUAAUACCAGAAAUGAGCUUCUGAACAAAGACGAAUUGUUACGCAUAUUUCACAAGGGCCUGUCUCUACAUGUAAAACGAGAUAUGACAGCCGCAGAAGAACAAUGGUUGCAAAGGCUGCUCCCUUCCUACCCCGGUUACCGUGGCAACCGCCCGGACUCCCCCAGCCCCGCGCCUGCUGCGGAAUCGCUCCGUAGCAGUAGCAGCCGCUCGCUGCAGGACUCGCUGCUGCUGCCGUCGCUUUCGCCGCCUCGCAUGGAGCUCCUGGCUGCCGCGCUCAGCGCCGCCUGCGCCCUGGACCAUGAAGGCUCCGCGGAGAGCGUGGCCGGAGCCCGCCCGCCCGGCAGUGAGUCUCCUUCCAUGGCUGGACCAGUUUCUAGUUCCGAAGAAAGCCCUGUGCAUCCCGACUGCCCGGCUGCUUUCCCCGAGGCUCUGCAAGUGAUUCAUCCCAUGACAGCUGACUCUUGGAAAAACUUCAUUGAGCAAAUAGGGCUUUUGUAUCAAGAAUAUCGGGAUAAAUCUACACGUCAGGAGAUUGAAACCAGGCGGCUGCAGGAUUCACAGACAGAUGCAGAAGAGUGCACAGCUACUGAAGACACAGCAUCACAGACAGAAGCCACAAAUACCGAAGAAAGCAAGGCUGUUCCCCAGAUAUGCUUGCUCAGGAAUUCCACUUCCAGGUUUAAUUUGUGGCAAGAUCUUCCAGAAGUCAGGAGCAGUGGUGUUCUGAAUAUUCUCCAGCCAGAUGAGAUCAAACUUCAAGAGGCCAUGUUUGAACUGGUUACCUCAGAAGCUUCGUAUUACAAGAGCCUGAACCUUCUGAUAUAUCACUUCAUGGAAAAUGAGCGAUUGAAAAAGAUUCUACAUCCUUCAGAGGCUCACAUCCUCUUCUCCAAUGUCCUAGAUGUCAUGGCAGUCAGUGAGCGUUUCCUCUUGGACCUUGAGAAGCGAGUAGAAGAGAACAUUGUGAUCUCAGAUGUCUGCGACAUUGUCUAUCAGCACACCAUUAAUCAUUUCUCGGUGUAUGUAACCUAUGUCUCCAACCAAACCUACCAGGAGAGAGCUUAUAAGCAACUUCUCCAGGACAAGCCAGCUUUCCGGGAGGUGAUCUCACAUUUGGAACUGGAUCCAAAAUGCAAAGGCCUGCCUUUUUCAUCGUUCUUGAUUUUGCCUUUUCAAAGGAUCACAAGGCUGAAGCUGCUGGUACAGAAUAUCCUGAAGAAAGUGGAGGAAAAGUCUGAACGUGAAAUCACUGCCCUUGAGGCUCACAAGGAACUGGAAACAGUGGUGAAGGCAUGCAACGAAGGUGUUAGGAAGAUGAGCCGUACAGAGCAGAUGAUCAGCAUCCAGAAAAUGCUAGAAUUUAAGAUCAAGUCUGUGCCCAUCAUCUCUCACUCCCGUUGGCUGCUAAAGCAGGGAGAACUGCAGCAAAUGAAUGGCCCCAAAACAUCACGUACCCUCCGCACAAAGAAGCUCUUCAGAGAAGUCUACUUGUUCCUCUUCAAUGAUUUGCUAGUGCUCUGCAGACAAAUUUCUAGUGACAAAUAUCAGGUGUUUGACUCUGCACCCCGAGGACUUCUACGGGUGGAGGAGCUGGAAGACCAAGGGCAGAGCUUGGCGAAUGUCUUCAUCCUGAGACUGCUGGAAAAUGCAGAUGACCGCGAAGUCAGCUACAUGCUAAAGGCAUCUUCACAAAGUGAAAUGAAGCGCUGGAUGAUCUUGCUGGCUCCGAAUCGGCGAACCAAGUUUGUUUCCUUUACAUCCAGGCUCAUGGAUUGCCCUCAAGUACAGUGUGUCCAUCCUUAUGUGGCUCAGCAGCCAGAUGAGCUGUCGCUGGAACUGGCUGAUGUACUUAACAUCCUGGAAAAGACAGACGAUGGUUGGAUAUUUGGGGAGCGUUUGCAUGAUCAAGAGAGAGGUUGGUUCCCCAGCUCCAUGGGUGAAGAGAUUAUGAACCCCAAGAUUCGAUCUCAAAACUUAAAGGAGUGCUUCCGGGUACACAAGACAGAUGAUAGUCAGCGGAGGAAGAUGGGCAGCAGGAAUAGACAAUGAUCACUGCACACAGUUCUGGGCAGUUGUAUUUCAGAAACAAUGAAUGUCAGAUGCUGAGACAACGGAAGGUGGCACAAAUAUCAUUUUUUGUCAAGCAAGUCCUCUCUCCUCCAAGCUAAUGAACUUCUUUGCAUACUUGAUGCACCAUGGAUAAUAUCUCUGAAGACAAACUUGAAAAGAGGUGAGGCUGUCGUGUGCCUGUACAGAACUAGGAGCUGUAAAAUGUAAUUUCCUAUUGUAUUGCAAAGAGUGUAAAUCUCUUAACUCUGCAUGGUAAGGAAACAGUGAAUGCUGAUCAACUGGAAAAAAAGUACAACAAGGCCCAAGAGGUUAGCAGCCUGAUUCUUUAAUAUUCCAUCAAGUGGCACAUUUGAUUUUCCAGUGUGCAAUCCAGGCGCACAGGAGCGCACCACCUUUGAAAGUGUGCACAGUAUCGGUAUACACACUUCUACACUCAGGAAGUUUCUCUGUAGGUACUGAGUUUGGAGUACCCACACAGGCACAUCAACAGGUAUCCCUUAUAAAUAAACACAUUGGUGAUACUUUAAAUGCAUUGGUGAUUCUUUAACAGAGGUAAAAAAAAAUUAUGGCAAAGCAUAGUCUUCUGUGCUACAAAAUAUUCCACAAAAUUAUUUACACUGUACUCUUGGGCUACCCUGCAGGAAACUGCAGAGGAGAAUACUGACAUAGAGAAGCUGCAUGGUUUCAAACAGGAGUGUGAGCCCUCUCCUAGCUCAAGGGCAGUAUUGCUUCAUGAGCAACUUCCGGGGGCCAUACAAGAGGGAUGAACAUGGCUAUAGACAAAAGUGGGCAGAGCAAAAGCUGGGAUGAACCUACAUUCCAACUUUAUAGAGGUCAGAGAUCCCCUACACAUGUUGCUCUCCAUCUAGGCAAGGAAGAGGAAUUAUCGCAGUUGAACAUUUCAAGUCAGGCAAAAGCAGUCAAGGGGGCCAUAGCUGGUGAAAGUCCCAAGGGUAAAGAGGUAUUCCACACACCCACACCUAAGCAUGAGGUUCUCCAUCCCUGACCUAAAAUAGGAAAGGACUGGAAAUUCACUGUUUCUCAUAGCCGUGCAAUUCACCACCUGGACCCAUAUCCUAAGUGCAAACUAUCAUAAUUACUAGCAAUGCAAUCCUAUAGAUGUCAUUUCAGGAGUAAGACCUAUUGAGUUCAAUGAGCCUUACUCCCAGGUAAGUGCAUAUAGGAUUCCCAUCUGACUGCAUUUAAGUUUUACAACAAAGUUCUUUGAGAGAGCCAAUGGUAGGUAUCAUAAACUAUGUCUAAAUAUUGAGAGGGUGGCUGAGUGGAUAGUACAGACUUAGGCCCUGAACAAAUGCACUGACAGUAUCCCAUAGUAUUCACUACUUAGCUCUGUUGCACAUACUAAGGAAUUUUUCAUCGGGGGGGGGGGGAGAGACAAAAAAACCCCCAAGGAGUGGAGAAUCAGCUCAAGGCAUGCAUGACAUUCUAUAUCCAUGCUAAAUCUGGAGAGCUAAAGAACUCAGCUAGGGCCAGCAAAUUUCUGCGUAAUUACCCUGGUGUAUAUACGGACUCUGAUAACAGUAUUUCAAAUAAUAUUUCUGUCUAGUUCAGAGAGUUUUGAAUGAAAUGCAUCCUUGUCAAUACAAGUGGAUUAAACUGAUUAUGGACCAAAUGCUCAUUCAAAGAGGAACAGAGGCCACUAGGCAGCAACAACAACAGGCUUGAGGGACAAGAUGGCAUGCUUUUGUACUAAAUGUUGUCUGCAAAAGUUUUACUAAUGCAAUAGGAAGGCCUGUUGCAUGUCAGCUGGGCAUUGCUCCUCAGCUGUACACAUGAACUCUAUGUAUAAUACUUUCAAUCUGGUGUAUAUAAAUGCUUACAAAGCCAGGAAAUAUCUUCUCCUUUGCUGCAAAAGUUACAACUGGCAACAAGAUGCUUCUCUGGAAGGGAGAGAGAAGAUUCACAAUAGAGAACAUUUGACUAAGGACAAUUAUAGAGUCAACCAUGAGACAGAGAUCGAGAAAUUAAAAGAUUGUAAAGCACUUUGCAUAUUAAAAGUGUUACAUAAAUAA